AUGGGAAACAAUAUAAGCGCAAAAUCAAGAGCUAUAGACAAACAACUUAAAUUAGAAAAGAAAAAGGCUGAAAAAGAGAUCAAAAUUUUAUUAUUAGGUGCUGGUGACUCAGGAAAAUCAACCAUCAUUAAGCAAAUGAGAUUGAUCCAUGCUUCUGGAUUUACAAAAUAUGAAAGAGAAAGCUUCCGUUUGAUGAUCUUCACCAACAUAUUAGGAUCCAUGCAAGCCUUAUUAGAAGGUAUGCACCACCAUAAAUUUACAUUUGAAAACGAGGCUAAUUGGAAAUACAUUGCAUUAUUCGAAAGAAGGCCUACUUCUCUAUCCAUGCAUGAGCCUUACCCUAUAGAAUAUCUUGAACCGCUAAAAUCACUUUGGAGGGAUAAAGGAAUACAAGCGACCUUUGAAAAGAGCAAUACAUUUGCUUUUAACGAAGAUAUCCAUUACUUUUUUGAUCAAUUAGAUAGAAUGUUUAGACCAGAUUUUAUGCCAACAGAUGCUGAUAUUAUACAUUGUAGAAUAAAGACAACAGGAAUCGUGGAAACCAAAUUUAGAAAUGGAUCUGUCACAUACAGAAUGCUGGAUGUUGGCGGACAAAGAAGUGAGCGUAAAAAAUGGAUUCACUGCUUUGAUAAUGUAGCUGCUAUCUUGUUUGUAGUUGCCCUUAGUGGAUAUGAUUGCUGUUUGGUUGAAGAUAAAUAUUCCAUGUAUGAGGCAUUUAUGCUAUUUGAAUCAAUAUGCAAUUCAAAAUGGUUCAUAAACACCUCCAUCAUCUUGUUCCUAAACAAGAAUGAUUUAUUCAAGAAGAAACUAUUAAAAUCAAGAAUCACCAACUAUUUUCCUGACUACAGAGGUUCUCCAACAGACUAUAAUCAAGCUAAAGAAUAUUUUAAAAAUAGGUUUUUAACCCUUAAUACAAACCAUGAAAAACAGAUAUAUGUGCACUUUACCGUUGCUACAGAUACCCAACUAUUGGCUGUUGUCAUGGAAUCUGUUUCAGAUAGCAUUUUACAAGAAAACCUUCAAACUCUUUUACUGUAG